AUGAUGUCCGAGGAUGAUUCAUCUGAUGAAUUCCAACCAUCAAAGAUAGUAAUAUCUAAAACAUCAAAAUUUUUCUCAACAAAUAAUGAAGCACCUCCAACUUCUGUUCUACAAUUUCCUAACUAUAAUUUGGAAGUAUCAACUGAUGAAGCGAGUUUAGACUCUAGCCUGUCUCCUAACAAACGAAGUGCACUCCUUUCAGAAGAAGAAAAUGACGAUAAAUCAGAGAAUAAAUCAAAUGUGCCACCAUCACUCCAAGGAUCAUCAGGACUGUUUCAGUGGCAGCCAAAUAAGAAGACCCAGGCGUCACUCCAUAAAUUUUUAAAGAAACGAAAUAUAAGUCCGCUGGAAAGAGAAUCAAAAAGACAGAAUACCAAUGGGAAUGACGAGGAACUUAUGACUGACGAUGAAGAUGAUGAGGGUAAAACAAGAAUACCAAGGUUACCAGUUCCAUCUGGUCAUUCUGUGAUGAUUGCUGGGGUUGACGUCAAGUUCCCAUUGAAGCCUUACUCUUCACAAAUUGCAGUGAUGAAUGCUCUAAUCCGGGGGUGUUCUAAAGAACAACAUGCGUUGCUGGAGAGUCCAACAGGCAGUGGAAAAACUUUAGCAUUACUCUGUGGAGCUCUGGCGUGGCAGGAACACUAUGCUCUCAGUGGAAAUUGA